AUGCCACAAAAAAGGGUGCUCUUUGUUCUUACCAACACCGCCCACAUUCCUGGGACCGACAAGACUAUCGUUGCACAUCCAUAUUAUGUCCUCUAUAGUCAGGCAGAAAUCGUACUUAAGGGCGGCUUAUCUCCGGUAGACCCUAUGUCCGUGAAACUCUCUAUAGACCAAGUAUCGCAAAUUGAAUUCUUUGACCUUAUUUGCAAGCCACUCGUCCCAUACAACGGCGUAUGUUGGGGGCGAGGCGGUGCGGAGGCGGCUAAGGAGGGCAGAAGCGAGGGCGGCGCGGAUGAGCCAGCUCGCAAGCGCGAUCCAGGUUGGGCUUUUUGCGUUCUUGCUGGUCCCAUGCCAACGCCUGAAGACGCAAUGCCAAUGGACGCAACAUACGCCGUCUUGGCUGUCUACUUCCUUGGCCCUCUGGCCUUCUUCAUAUGGCUGUACAGAAUCAUAUUCCAUCCUUUGAACAAAUUUCCUGGCCCCGUGGUGGCACGACUCACUGAUGGCUAUUCUGGAUAUCAUGCUGCCCACCGACGGCUUCAUCUUGCCACAUAUCGGAAUCAUCAGAAAUACGGACCUGUGGUCAGGCAAGGGCCGAACCGACUCGUCUUCAAUACUAAGCCAGAUAUUUACCUCAAUCAGCGAAUGACCAAGAGCAAAGCCUACCUACAGUCACUCCUCAGUACCCGCAGAUUAAGCAUGUUCAAUGCCUUAGACAGGGCGGAACACAGCCGCAAGCGACGGGUGGUUGGGCAACUCAUCACUGAGCGCUCCAUGCGCUCCUUUGAGCCGAGCCUGACACUGCAAAUUGACGUGUUCCUCCACCAACUUCUCGCCUCCAGCAAGAAGAGCGAGGUCGUCAACAUGACAGUGCGAUGCCAACGCCUAGCUACAGACGUAGUUGGACUCCUCGCCUUUGGCUACGAGCUGAAUACGCAAACCGAAGACACCAAUAGCAUAAUCCCAGCCGCCAUGAAAUCUAACGCCUACCGCAUAGGCUUGUACAUCGCGUGGCCGUCCAUCUCAUUUUUCGAUCCCGUAUUCCGCUGGCUCGGCCGGAAGCGGAUCCCCAAGUUCUACCAGACGUUGCGGAAGAUGAUAGGCAGGCGCAUGAGCAUGCCCAAGGACGCUGCACACGACCUCUACGCGGUCGCGUCAGGGGACGUUACCGCUAGCGGUGACCGGGGUCUCCAGGACACCGACUUGUGGUCUGAGGCGUCCUUCUUUGUCGUAGCUGGCGGCAUGACAGUGUCCACGCUCAUGAGCGCCAUCUUCUUCUACCUCUCCCACCAUCCGGACGUGUACGCACGCCUGGCCACCGAGAUUCGUACAACCUUCAACUCGGGCAGGGAUAUCGCCAGCGGCCCUCGGCUGAGCUCAUGCAGGUACCUCCGUGCUGUCAUUGACGAGACCAUGCGCGCCGCGCCCCCGACCACGGCAACACCCUGGCGCGAGGACGAUGUCUACUCAGCCACGCCGCCUCGCUCGGAGGGGCCGUUGGUCGUGGACGGGCACGUCAUCCCCCCGGGAACCUCUGUCGGAGUCAAUCUCUACAGCCUACUUCACAACGAGGCCCUGUUUCCGGGGCCGUUCGAGUUUCACCCUGAGCGCUGGCUCGCCAUUGACGACGAGGAGGAUGGCGCAUAUGGCAAGGAGGUACAAGCCACCAUGCGGCGAGCUUUCGCGCCCUUCGCACUGGGCGACCGCGGUUGUGCUGGCAAGGCCAUGGCGUACCUCGAGGCGAGUUUGACCAUCGCCAAGACGCUGUGGUACUUCGACUUCGAGGCAGCGCCAGGGAAGGCGGGAAAAGUUGGAGGAGGAACACCCGGGAGGACAGACGGCAGGGAGAGGGUGGACGAGUAUCAGCUCUAUGAUAUCUUCACGGCCGACCAUGAUGGGCCGAAUGUAGUGUUGAAGCCGCGUGCCCAGUUUACGAAUGAGUGGGGGAUGAAGAGCGAUGCGUAA